CUUUGUCUUUAAUUAAAAUGCAUACAUAUUUAGUCUCAAUAUCAAAUUGCCCAGGGCCCAUUGCCAUGUGGGUUGUAAUUCGUUUGUAGCCCCCGUGCUUUUGCCUGCUCCGGUCUCUGCCCACACAAAUGCUCGAAAUAACUCUGACUCUAAUGAGUUGCUCUACUCUCAUUGAAGAUUCUCGAGUCUUGGCUUCCGUUGAGUCUCGUCACUUACGUCAGUUUGGACGAAAGUGCCAUCGGGAACUCCCUCCAAAGAUCACCAUCAAGCAAGGUCGCAACCUCGAGAUCCCAUCGCCAACAAGGAGGCAGUGCUUGUCCGUACCAGAGCCAGCUGUCUGACAGCUUUAGUGUAACUCUGUUGACGCUCUGUGCAAUAAGAAAUCAUCAAGAGGUAGAUAGAAGUGCCGUCCUUCGUUCUUUCUAGACGGUUGAGGUUUUUGCUGGCAAACCAAGUGUAUCCAGAACAUGAGGGUUUCAUCGGCAGCCCUUCGGUUAUUUUUGGCCGUUGUGACUUCCACCGUGUCGGCCUUUCAACAGUUGCCGUUUCUUUCGGGGCACGCAAAACAACAAUCAGCAAUCCGACGAGAGCAUGCAGCUCUUACCAAGCUACAGGAACAUAAACAAUCUUGGUUUGAUCAAUUCUCGUUCGCUUCCUCUCCCGAGAGCCGCCGUGCUCUGGGCAUUGAUGGCAAAGAUAUGGACCACACGACAGCAGCAGAAGCUCCAGAAGAAACAAAGGCAGAAGAAGCAAAGGAGGAAGAAACUGCAACUCCAAAGCUCUUCUUUUCGAAUGAACCUCCUGAACCUCAGCCACCCAGAGAUGCGCCACCAAAAUCCGCUGUGGAUGCCCAAACCAAACGAGAAGCCGAGUCUGCAGAAAAGGAAGAAGCCGGGGAGAAAGCAAAAUCAUUUAGCAUUUGGGAUUUAGUUGGGUUGGGAGAUGACGAUAAGCCGUCGUCGGCCCCAGAAACAAAGCCAGAAGAGGCAGCAGUGGAGGAGGCAUCUUCCACAGAACCCGUUGCUAGUGCCGAAGAAGUACCGGAAGUGGAAGAAGAGAAGCAAGAGGAGGAAAUAUCGGUGGAUGAGCCGGUUGUUUCGGAGGCUGAAGAAGCUGAGAAAGCUGAGAAAAUAGAAGAGGAGGAGGAGCCAGCUCAGGUGGAAGAACCAACACCCACAGAGCCCAAAGAACCUAUAGUUUCCAAAAUUGCUGACAAACUAAUCAACGAACCUCUCCUGACGCCAGAACAGACCGAAGAGGUCAGCCAAGCUGCCAAGGCCGUUGUAUCGAAGGUUGUGAGCCCCAUCAUUGGCGGAGAGGUUGAAAAGGGUGUACCCCAGUCCACCAUCCAAUCCACAGCCUUGGCGAGUGCCCUCUUUGCCUACAUGAUGUCUAGAGACAUUACCACGGCCGCAGUGACGCUUGUGGUCUCGGGUCUGUUUGCCAUAACUCCAGGACCGAUUGGGGAUGUUUUUCGAACGAUUGGUGAAUUGGUGGGUGACGUCCUGUACCGAAGCUGGAACUUGUCAAACAAAUUGGGCGUUACGGAUGCAGUCAGCGAAAAGCUGGCUCUCAUGGAAUAUGGUGCCAAAAUAGAAAAGCUGCAACGCGUUGAGAGUGAAGUGACAGAAGCGUUGCAACAGGCAGAAGCCAGUCUGGAAGGCAUGACGGCCGACGAAGCGGCAGGAUUUCAAAACGAAGUGCAGAAUGCCCUUAAAGAAGCAGACGAAGCCAUUGCCGUUGCCAAGCGCAUACAGGAAGACAAGAUGCGACUAGCUGAUGAGGAAAAGGAGGAGCUGCAACUCGACGACAAGGCCGAUCAGGCCGAUGCCAAACUGGCCUCAGUGGCAGAGGAAGCCCUUCGAUUGGCGGCAGAAGCAUCCCGUACGGCGGCCAAGUACAGUGACACUACAAUCUUUUACGAUGCAGCAGCUAGGCUCGCAUACGAAAACAGCCGCAAGACUACCAGUUUUGAAGCCUUCAAACAAAAGUAUGAAGCCGACGCAGUGGCUGAUGUCAAAGCCAAGGCUUUCGUCAAGAAGAAAGAAGAGGAAGAUCGAAAGGCGUUAGAAGCGCGAAUUGCCGAGGAACAACGGUUAGCAGAAGCGAAGCGUCUUGCUGAGGAGGAAGCAGCACGGAUUGCAGAAGAAGAACGACGGGCCGAAGAGGCGCGCAUUGCGGAAGAAAAACGGCUGGUCGAAGAAGCCAGGAUUGCCGACGAGCAACGUCUAGCAGAGGCGAAGCGUCUCGCAGAGGAAGAAGCAGCCCGGAUUGCCGAGGAAGCUAGAUUGGCCGAAGAGGAAGCCAGGUUGGCUGAAGAGGAACGGGCAGCGGAGGCCAAGCGUUUGGCCGAGGAAGCUAGAUUGGCCGAUGAAGCUGGCUUCGAGGAGCCAGAUUUUGAAGACGAAGGGUUCAGCGACGAGGACUGGGAAGCGUCUGUAGAAAUGGCCAAGAAAAAUGCUGAUGGAAUAAUUGUGGACUCUGAUGUAGAUUUGGACGAUUCGGUAAAGGCGGAUUGGGAUGCGGCUGGAAAAUUCGCACAAAGUCUGGGGGGUGGAGGACCAGCUGAAGAACCACCAAUGUUCGAAGACGAUGAAGUCGACUUUGACAUGGAAGAGUUGGCCCGUGCCGCCCGUGCAGCGGUUGAAAAGUUCGAAGAAGAAGCACCAGAAAGCAACAACGUUUCGGUAGAGGAUGCUGACGACGAAGACGAUUUCCUCACAAUGUUCGAUGAUGAUGAAUCUGGCGGGAUUGAUGGCUUACGAGACACAUUUGCGGAAGUGUUCGGCAACGACGAUGGUGGUGGCACGUUGUUCGAUGAUGGUGCUGAAAUCGAAGACACUGUUGGACAACCUGUCCCUUCGCAACCGCAAUUCGAUUGGGCAUCAUUAAAAGUUGCAGAAUUGAGGACAGAGUUGAAGAGUCGGGGUCUUCCGCCAACUGGGAAAAAGGCGGAGCUUGUAGCAAGGCUGGAAGAAAACGAUUUAACGAGAUCCUCCUCGACAGAAGAUGUUAGCAGUCUGGACGUGGACGACGACGACGACGAGCUUGACUUUGCAGGGAUGGACCUUGAGGCCCUUGGUAGAGCUGCUCGCGAAGCUGUCGACGGAUUCAGCGCACAGCCCGAAGAUACCGACGUCGACGAGCUUGAUUUUGCAGAUAUGGACCUUGAGGCCCUUGGUAGGGCUGCUCGCGAGGCUGUCGAUGGUUUCAGCGCACAACCAGAAGAGAGCGACGAAGUCGACGAGAUAGACUUUGGCGAUGUAGAUAUGGAGGAAAUGGCUCGAGCUGCCCGUGAGGCUGCAGAACUAUUCGAUGGCGAGGAACCAUCGGAUGAAGUCCUCAAGAUGCUAGAGGGCGAAGAGUUUGAUUUCGGUCUUCCUGAGGAGGGUGAGAUGGAUGAUGAUGGGGGUACACCACCAACCACCGACUAUUCAAGUAUGACAGUGAAUCAAUUAAAGGAUCAGCUUCGCAGUCGGGGGCUGAAAAUCAGUGGAAAGAAAGCAGAACUGAUAGAACGGCUUCAGUCUGCAGAUGGCUAGGCAGUCAUGAUGACACUGCCAACUUAGCGACAUGAAGAAACAAACAACAAUGUCCAAGAUUACACCAACCGCUACACACAAUUCACUGGGCAUCAUUUUUGGUGUGGCAGCUACUAGUAUCAGUUUUUAUUGUAAGUUUUGUGUCAAGUUAAAUGUAAAACCUGCCUUUUCUGUACGGUGAAUGCCACAGGAUUCCAGCUCUGUGAUGUAGAGCUGGUAUCCCCGGCUCUUUUGCCUUCGGAUUCUGGG